UUAUCCUGUGCCACGUUGCUUGAGGACGAAAGUUCUCGAGUUCGCGCUGUUGCUGGAGUGCGGGGUGCCUCAGUAAAGAGGGGUGUUCGUGUGUCGUCAUCGUGCUUCUACACGGCUGCGAGAAGUGCCCAGUUUAGGAAAGUCCCGCUUCAACUUUGCCUCAACUUGAGCGCCUCAGCGCGGACACCUACUACCUCAUCGCUGCUAGGAAUACUUUCGCAGUAUUCGGCCUCUGCAGGCAUCGCUAUUGAUUCUAUGUAAUUGUCAUCGCGCUCAGCCGGUGAGAAAAGCUGUGAAGCCUUUCCUCGGCCGAAGGGGAACGAAGUCGCCGAUCUUGACAAAGAUAAAGAGAGUUUGUCGAUCCAAACUACAACACGAGAAAAGGUGAAAGGCACAAGUGGCGACGAGUUUGAUUACCACAGGACAGCCACUGCGAUUCGACGUAAGCCACUUCGUUAGCACUGAAACGAAAGACAAGGUAGGCGACUUGCACGGACGCGCUUUCUGACAGCAAACAAUUUUUGCGAAAGCCAGUCGAAAUCAACGAGGUGUCAACUUCGCUAGGAACAAUAAGAUCGACAGAGGAGGUGUGUGAAGUUGAUUCCGCCAGGAGAGAACGACAUCAUGCGAGGCUUGACAGAGUGCCGGAAGACAACAUAGCCUAGAAUUAAAAAGGCGAACCACGAAAGGGGCCUGCUUCGAGGGAAAGAACAAGUUCUUUCAUCGGUGCAAACAACAGACAUCGUCUUCGGCGCCGGCCCGCCAUCGUUUCGACCACUCAAAAGGACCACCUGACUUACGCUAUGGGCGAGCCGAUGUCGGUCGUUUGGCGGGUGCUUUCGCGACGGAAGACCCCUAUGAGCCCCGAGGGACGCGAGCACAGCAGCAGCAGGACCGGUAGCCCCCUCACGGUCGUCGACGUCACGUGCCUAGGCGUGGCUGUGAGUCUGGGCACCGGCGUCUACGUGCUCCUUCCUCGUGUGGCUCGCGAGGAGGCGGGACCCGCCGUCGUCUUGUCCUUCCUAGUGGCGGCCGUCGCAUCCUGCCUCGCCGGUGAGUACUCAACCAUGAGUCAAACAGUAGAAGGGCCUCCACUGCUAAAAUCCGAUUUCCAUCGCCUUGUCAACCUUCUUGAGUUCUUGAAUAGCCGCCAAGGAAUCAGUGAAGAUGUCUAG